GCAGACCAAUUAAGUGUUCAGCAAACAGUGAGGUCAUCCCGCUUUGGCAUGGUGGUCACCACAGAGGAGUGCUGGUCAACUGAGGUGUCUGCUGUACAAGUGAAGCAGAUUGUCAUUCAAGGUCUCAGGUUGAAGGCAGCAGUCAAGGAGCCCUUAACACAAUGUCAUCAAAUUACCCGAUGACGGAAUUAUCUAUGGUCGUUCUGUUGAGCUUUGGAGUGGCAACACUCUUUGUAACAUGCGCCGAGGGAAACAAUUUUGACACCUGCCCCCUUCACUGGUGGUCGAUCCCCAACGAGAGAUGCGUGAGAGUGUUUCCUCUAAGGAAGACACUCAAAGAAGCUGCCGAUAUCUGCAGACUCUUUGAGUCAGAACUGCUGUCUGCUGGUCAAGAGUUGGACGAGUUACAAGACUACAUCUCCCCUAUUGCCACAUCUGUGGCCGUGUCCCAGCUACUACUGGGCGUGACAGACCCCUGGGGCACGGGUGUGUUCCUGUGGCUGGACGGCUCGCUGUUUGAUGACUCCGUGUGGGCAGAUCACUACCCCAAACCUUCUGGCGGCCGAUGUGCUGUCUUUAGAACUGAAGAAAGAGAUCUGGUCAAUGUCCAUUGCACAGGCAACAAUGCAUUCAUCUGCCAGAAGAGUAGAGGUGCGUAA